UCUGGGUGACAGUGGGCACCUUCCUGGUCCCCCGGGGGCUGGCUGUGGAUGCCCUUGGCCGCCUCCUGGUGGCGGACUACGUGCCUGGGGCCGUACACAGCUUCACAUUGGGCCCUGCCUUGGAGCUGCUGGCCCCAGCCUCCAUGCUGGGUCUGGAGGACCCCUGCUGGGUGGGCCUGGGGCCUGACGGGGGCUUCACCGUGAGUGAGGAGUUUUGGGACGUGCGGCUGUUCAGCAGUGCCCGCCAGCCCCUGGGCUCCCUGGCGGGCCUGACGGGGCAUGCCUUUGGCAGCCCAGCAGGUGUGUGCACCGACGCGGAGGGCAGCGUUAUUGUGGUGGACGAGCAGCGGCGCCAGGUGACCCUGUUCCCCAGAGCUGGGGCGCCCAUCUGCCUGGUGUCCGAGGGGCUGAGGAGGCCCUUGGGUGUGGCCUGUGCGCCAGGUCAGCUCAUGGUGGCGGAUGCAGGGGAUGGCUACAUCAAGGUGUACCAGUACUACUCGGAGCUGGCCUGA